GUACCUAUCAACAGUCGAUUGCAAAAUGUACAACAAGCUUAUACAGUCUAUGAUUGUACUCCUCUCCGUGCUUUGCAUUGUCUCGGCCAAACCAUUGUCCAUAUUACAACCGGAUCACCCGCCGCUGGCCGCUGAACUGAGCUCUCGUGUGGCCGCACACACGUCCCGGCUGCAGGAGCCCAAGCAAGACGCUCGUCUCCCCAUACCUACAGCACAGGACCUGGAAGCGGUCAGGAAGAUUGCUCAAGUCCUCGUUAUGCUAGGCCAACAGGUAAUACCAGCUCUAAUCGGCGGAACAGGAGCUGGAAAUGGGGGCACAACAGUUACGGAGAUACCCAACGAUAUAGUUAAUAGCCUUUAAUAUAUAUUUAGAUAAAAAGUGUAAGAACAAUAAUGUAAAAGGGGAAAGGGUAUAUCAAUAAAAGGGUAUCAUGCGUAUGGGGUGAACGUCUGCUUAAAAUUUAAGCAAACAGUUGCCAACUUAUUAAUUUCAAAAUUAUGUAAUGUAACCUUUCAUUUCUUUAAUACCAGUAUUAAUAA